CUGUCAGAGGAGCACAGAGGACCAGGCAAGGCGUGUUUAUCUGUCAGACAGAAACAGGAAGCAACGAGGAGCAGUGCCACAGUUCAAGGCUACAGAGGCGGUUUCAUUUUCUUAUAGCAUUCAAGCUCGGCACACACCUGCACAAAGACAGGCAGACUAGAUUUCACAGCUUGUCAUGGACUUUGUAGAUCCCAUCCUGUCCAUCGCCUCACAGAUCUAUGACCUGGUUGAGAAUGUGAAGGCCAAUAAAAAGCGCUGCCGACGUGUUUGUAACCGAGUCAAAGCCUUGGAGGAGCUGGUGAAGUCCAUCAAACAGACGUCUCCAGAGGUAGAGAAAGCUCUGAGAGAACUGUCCGUCACUCUUCAAUCAGCACAGGAACUUAUCAGAAAAUAUGCCUCAGCCAAUUUGGUGGAACGCAUCCUAAACUCCAGCAACCAUGGAGACGAGUUCAACAGUGUGAACGAACGGCUCAACGAUGCCUUCCAGGUGCUGUCUGGAGCUUUGCAGGUGGAGCAGGGGAACAUGCUGUAUGAGGUAUUUAAACAGACGACCAGAGAGAAAGAAGAUCAGUUGGAUGGGAGGGAGGACGACGCAGAACUGAAGACAUUGCUCCUGGACUACAUGAAGGAUCAGCAAGAGAAAACCAACACCAUGCUGAAACAGUUUGAGCAUCUUAAAGUCAACGUGGAAAAAGUCGUGGAGAUGUUGAAUAAGCCCAGCAUCACUAGUGUGGACAUCCGAAUGAUUAAACCACAGGAGCUAAAGUAUGAACAUCCCAAAAAGCCCUUCAUGAAAACAGUAACCUCAGAGGUCUACAAAGGAGAAUAUCAUGGAUUCACAGUUGCCAUCAAGAGAUACAUCGACCCUGUAAACACCAACCCAGGAAAGGUGCAGUCCAUUUUCAACAAAGAAGUCGACACCAUGAAGAGAUUUGAGUCGCCCAACAUCCUGCGAAUGUUUGGUAUCAGUAUCCUGGGUGAGAAUGGACCCAACCCUCAGUUCUUCAUCAUCAUGGAGUACUGCGAGAAAGGAAGUCUUCGUCAGGUUCUGGACUCUGACUGCAGGCUGUCCUGGAUCAGGAAAGCUCGUAUGUGUUUGGAUGCAGCACAAGGACUCUAUCGACUACACAAUACAGAAGAAAAAUCUAAGGUACACGGGUGCAUCAACAGCAGCAAGUUCUUGGUGGCUGAAGGCUACACCGUCAAGCUCGGAGGUUUUGAGCUGGCAAAAACAGAGACGUCACUGAAAAAGGUGAAGAAAUCUACAAAGGACGACGCAAUCAGGUCCCUGUGCUACUACUCUCCCGAGAGGCUCAACAACAUCAACCACCCUUACAGCAAAGAGUGUGAGAUGUACAGCUUUGGAAUCGUCCUGUGGGAAGUCGCAACCCGUAAGAAACCCUUUGAAGGUUUUUCAGAUGAAGAAAUUUAUAAGAAGGUGGUUGAAGAGAAGUGCAAAGAGCCGUUUCCCGAUGACUGUCCUGCAGAACUGGGGCAGCUAAUAAACGAGUGCCGAGACUUCGAUAGCUUCCAGAGGCCUUCAGCUGGAGUACUGGUGGAUAGACUGCGCAGUGUGGUGGCACAGUUAGAGGACCAAUGAAACUCUUCAUCUGCCUUUCUGCUGGCCAGGCUCAUCCUCAGGGGAGGAAAUGCAGCUUUGAAUAAAACUGGACUUUAACUUGUGGGCCCCUAAAUUGUAUUUAUAUUCUACAUGCAAACCAUCUCAUUUGGUUUUAGAUUAGGUGACUGUGGACAGCAGAGGCAGAUCAGUCCAAAGUCAUUUUGUUUCUUGGUCUACGUUCUUUUCUUUUUAUGGGUUUCAGCACUGGUUUCUGUGCAGACAAAAACUGUUGUCUCGGACUCCCGGACCAUCAGCACCGGCUCCCCUCAGGGCUCUGUUCUUUCUCCUCUGCACUUCUCCCUGGACACCAACUGCUGCACCUCCAACCACCAGUCUGUCACACUAAUUAAGUUUGCAGAUGACACCACUGUUAUCGGACUCAUCUUGGACGGGGAUGAGACUGCCUACAGGAUGGAGGUUGAACGUCUGGUGUCCUGGUGCAGCCGCAACAACUUGGUGGUGAACGCCCAGAAGACCGUGGAGAGACUGCAGCGUGUUGUACGCUCUGCUGAGAAGGUGAUUGGCUUCAGACUCCCAUCUCUGCACCUGUACACCUGCAGGACACUGGGGCAUGCAGCUCGGAUCACAGUCUGAUGGACCUGCUCCCCUCAGGCAGGAGGCUCCGGUCCAUUCACACCAGAACCUCUCGCCAUAAGAACACUUUCUUCCCCUCUGCUGUUGGACUCAUGAAGAAUAACCAUAAGACUGUUCCCACCACAAUCACAUGACCCUAUACUGUGUUCUCUCCAUUUUUGCACUGAUCAUCACCUGCAUUCAUGUACAUAUCAAUCUGCUAAGCGCUUUUUAUUUAAGUGUUUGUCUUAUAGUAUGUUUUGCACAGAGUACCGCAGCAAUUUCCUAAUGUUGUAAAUCUGCUCAACAUCUGGCAAUAAACCCUUUCUGAUUCUGA